GGCGCUCUUUCUUUGACCAGAAUCAACUUUUCCCUGACGUCACUUCUUUUAGUGCAAUGAAUGCCUCGUCGAAUUUCCAAAUGGCAAAACCCGCAGAGCACAUCAAGAGACCCAUGAACGCCUUCAUGGUUUGGUCCAGGGGCCAAAGACGCCAGAUGGCGCAGGACAACCCGAAGAUGCACAACUCCGAAAUCAGCAAGAGGCUCGGCGCGGAGUGGAAGAGGCUCACGGACGCCGAGAAGCGUCCUUACAUCGACGAGGCGAAGAGGCUGCGCGCUCAGCACAUGAGGGAACACCCGGACUACAAGUACAGACCCAGGCGCAAACCUAAAACUAUUUCCCAGAGGGAGCGCGUCGUAUUCCCCUCGCAUCCCGCGGGGCACUUGAAGGGUUUCUCCGUGGACUCCUUACUCCGUCACGGGGACAAAACAGCGCCGUUCCUGCAGGCGUCUUCGUCGGCGCUGCUGGACAUCCGCACCGGGGCCGUCCAGCGGAUGGCGGAGUUCCAGCACCCUCGGCGCGCCUUCGGCUACCACGCCGGAGAGGGGGCGGGGUGCCUGGGACAGCUCACCCGAGCGUCACCGUGUAACUGUGCGGCCUGGUCCGCCGCCGGUCUGCCGCCCCAAGUGGCUUACAUACUCCUCCCCGGAGGAAUGAGCCAGGUCGCCGUGGACGGGUACUCAUCACCCGGGUCCUGUGCGUAA